CACGCGGUGCUGGAGAGAACACAGUUCACACGACGGUGAGCGAGUGCCUUGGAGCGAGGAAGCAGUGCGGGCUCCUUCAAGAGUCCAGCAGUACGGCGGCUGAACUCGCGCGGCGCUGGGUUCCCCGUGAGCCCGCCGGUGUAGGGCAUACGGGAGGGGGCUCGACGACGACCGGCGCGUGGUGGUGGGAAACACCCCAAAACGAUCAACCGCAGGUGCCUCCAGCCAUGAGCGGCUCGCGCUGUUCGCCGGAGCCGCUUCGCCCGCGGAACACGACGUGAGGUGGGGCUCCUCGGAACCACACGCUGAGGAGGGAGGAAGGCGCCUAGUGGUGGUCGAGAAGAUGUCCGCCUCGGUGGGGCCCCAGGGCGGCCCUCGCCCACUCGCCGUGCCGCUGUCCAUGCCGGACCUGCCGGACCUGAGCCACCUGACCGAGGAGGAGAGGAGCAUCAUCAUGGCGGUGAUGGCUCGGCAGAAGGAGGAGGAGGAGAAGGAGCAAGCCAUGUUGAAGACGCUCCACCAGCAGUUUGAGAGCUACAAACAAGAGGUGCGACGAAUCGGCGCUGAGACGAGGCGCCAGCAAACCCAGCAAAAAGACGACGCCCCCACUUGCGGCAUCUGUCGUAAGACGAAGUUUGCAGACGGCUGCGGACACCUUUGCUCAUACUGCCAGACCAAAUUCUGCGCUCGCUGCGGAGGGCGGGUCUCCCUCCGAUCCAACAAUGAGGACAAAGUGUGUCUGAUAGUGAAGGACAGGGUCAUGUGGGUAUGCAACCUGUGCCGUAAGCAGCAGGAGAUACUCACCAAAUCAGGAGGAUGGUUUUCAGGGUCGGGGGCGCGGCUCGGGAGCCUGGACACCUCCUCGAACGACUCGACCACAGGAGGUGAGGCCCAACGGGACAGGAAGCUGCUCCGCUCCAGGUCCCAAGCACCGUCUUCCAACACCGGGCCAGGGGACGGGACGCAGCCUCCCUCCAGAGUUACUGUUGCCAAGGGGGGAGACGCCAUGUCUGGCUCUCGCUCCCAAAGCGAGCCACCCAAAGAAAAGAAAAGGCCAGUGUCCCUUCAUGAACAGAAUGGAAGGGGGGCAUCGGGCCGCGGCAGUGGCCGGAGACCUGCUGCAAAGCUACAGUCUCAGUCAUCCCUGGAUGAGCGUAUCGUUUCUGGAGAAAGAGGAGAAACCAGGCUGGGAAAUGAACGUCGGCUGGAGAAGAUCCACUCCCAAGACUACGAGGACGGAGACGAGACGCAUCAAAGGCGCCCGGACAACAAGGAGCAGAGGGAGAGGCAGCGGCUUGAGGAGGAGUACCAGAAUCGUUACCGAAGUGACCCCAACCUGGCCAGAUACCCGGUCAAACCCCAGAAGGAGGAGCAGGAGAUGCGCAUGCAUGCCAAGGUGUCCAAAGUAAGGCACGAACGUCGACACAGUGACCUCGCAAUCAACGAGGUUGGGCUUGGGCCAGGUGAAGGCGGGGGAGUUACGGGAGGUCAGGUGCCUGAAAACCGUCUUGUCAGAAGGGCUGGAAGGCGGGAAGGAGAGCGCAAAGCCCUCCUGGAUAACCACCAGGCUUACCCUACGGAUAGGACCGUGGGGGUGGGAGUUGGGGGACCACCUGCAGGAGUUGGAGUACGAUCUGGACCCCAGUCAGGGGGGCCCGCCCCAAACAACAACCGCAGAGAGCCUGGUACCACACGGACACCGAAGGACAAAGAAGGGGCAGACCUUGUCAGGAAGGACUCCCAAAGCUCGGAUCAGUCGGAAUCUUUGCGGCCGCCCCCUUCGCGGUCCUACAAGAGCAAGCGCGGAAUCAACAAGAGACAGAUGUCCAUCAGCAGCUCAGAGGAGGAGGGCGGCUCCACGCCCGAGUACACAAGCUGUGAGGACGUGGACAUGGAAAGCGUCAGCGAGAAAGGUGACUGGGACUGUCAUCCUCUAGAUCCUACAGCGUGGCACCAUCCAGUUUCGUGGCAGCCGUCCAAAGAGGGCGACCACCUCAUUGGACACAUCACAUUAAGCAAGAGGUCAGCCAUGCCACGAGAGGCCGGCUCUCUCCUGGGUCUGAAAGUGGUGGGGGGGAAGAUGACGCAUUCAGGAAGACUUGGGGCCUUCAUCACCAAAGUAAAAAAAGGCAGCCUGGCAGAUGUAGUGGGACAUCUGCGUGCAGGUGACGAGGUCCUGCAGUGGAACGGGAAAUCCCUCCCAGGAGCCACCAAGAAAGAAGUGUACAACAUCAUUCUGGAGUCCAAGGCCGAGCCUCAGGUGGAGAUUGUGGUUUCCAGACCAAUUGGCUCAGUCAACCACAUUAUGUCCAAAAACGUCUUGAGAAAAGUUUAUAGAGCGUAUCAAGACAUCCCAAGAAUCCCAGGGUCCCCCCACCCUCCUCUAGAAUCCACAGGUUCCAGUUCGUUUGAGUCACAGAAGAUGGACCGGCCUUCUAUAUCAGUGAUGUCCCCUACCAGCCCGGGUACACUUCGAGACCUUCCUCUGGUGCUGCCUGGACAGCUCUCUGUGAAGCUGUGGUACGAUAAGGUCGGCCAUCAGCUGAUCGUCAACGUUCUUCAAGCCAAAGAUCUGCCCCCUCGACCUGACGGUCGACCUCGGAAUCCAUACGUCAAAAUGUACUUCCUACCUGAUAGGAGCGAUAAGAGCAAACGACGGACCAAAACAGUGAAGAAAAGUGCUGAACCCAAGUGGAACCAGACCUUCAUCUAUUCCCACGUUCACCGACGAGACUUCAGAGAGCAUAUGUUGGAGAUUACAGUCUGGGAUCAGCCCCGGAUCCAAGAGGAGGAGAGUGAAUUCCUAGGAGAGAUCCUGAUUGAGCUGGAAACGGCCUUGUUAGACGACACCUCCCACUGGUACAAACUCCAGACGCACGACGUGUCCUCCAUACCCCUACCCCAGCCCUCUCCGUACCUCCCUCGUCGCCACGUCCACGGAGACAGCCCCAGCAAGAAGCUCCAGAGGUCUCAUCGCAUCAGUGAUACAGAGUUUGAUGAUGGUUUGCUAGUUGGGACUGAAGGUGCAGAGCGGCACUCCCGGGAUCGAGAGCGGAGCAGCACGUUGGCUGUGCCGGAGCAGCAGCGGCCCGCCCAGCACCGCUCCCGCUCAGUGUCUCCUCACAGAGAAGACUCCUGCAGGGCUCGGUCUCGGCCCGCCCACGUACCGAUGCAGAGGAGUUUGGAUGAGAUCCAUCAGAACCGGCAGCACUCCCCCUCCUGCUACCACGAGCCGCAGCUGGAGCACCAACGCUCCGGAGACUCCGACUAUGAAUACUCAGAGGACAGCGAGGUCCAGGACACGCACAAGUCUAUCAGGGGCGGGAGUGCUGAGUGCCUGCACACUAACAGGAGUGUAGGUAGAUACAGCAGCACACUCCCCCCCAAAAUGCCCCUGUUAGUAAACAGUAUCCAUAAAGACAUUUACAGCUCCACCCUCCCUGCAUGUCUAAAGAGCAAGCCCCCCCACAGGCAGCAGGAGGGCGACACCUUGCCCCGUAACGCCCUCGCGCACCGCGUGCUCAGGUUCACAGACGAGAUCACUGUUAGCGACCUGCAGCCGUCGUUGGACAGAGUGCGGAGCGCCAGCACCACCUGUCUGAAACCGGACACAGGCUUUCACUCCUCUGAGAGAGACAGGCAGUGCAGCAGUUCAUCCGGCCUGAACUGCGCAGGCGGCAGCAGGAGAGGCCUGGAGGGGGACAGAAUGCAUCAUCAUGGCGGUCCGUCCCCCUCCCCUUCGGCGGGCCGUAGGGGGAGGCAGCUGCCACAGCUCCCAGCCAAGAGCAGCAGCAUCGAACAAGCUCUGGCGGUGGAGGAGCGCGCCCGGCAGCUGCAGAUGAAGGUGAAUUCCUGUCGGCCCUCAGCCUCCCACGACCCCAACAUGGACCUCAAGGCCAAGCGGGAGAUGUACGCGGAGCGGAGGCGCAGCAGCGACAACAUGUCCGCCCGGUCGUCUGACAGCGACAUGAGUGACGUGUCGGUUCUCUCCCACGCCAGCAGUGCCUCCCGCCUCAGCAGCGCCAGCUACAUGUCCAUCCAGUCAGAGCGUCCCGGGGGCCGACUCAGAUCGAAGUCUUUAGAGGAGGACAAGAAGGACAGGAGGAUCUCUUGGGGGAUGAGCGGGGAGGAGGAGAGGAGGAAGGCGGCAGGGAAGAGGCGCUUCUCAGCGGAGUUGAAGCGCAGGAGGCAUACUGUGGCAGGAGACACCAGGGAGUCCAGCCGGCAGAUUCGAUCAUCCAUGGGCCGAAACAUGAUGAAGAGCUCCAGCGUAAGCGGGGAGAUCUACACGCAGGAGCGCAACGACGGCAGCCAAUCAGACACGGCGCUGGGCACGGUGAGCAGCGGAGGCAAAAAGAGGCGCUCCAGCCUCAGCGCAAGAGUGGUCGCCAUCGUUGGCAACCGUCGGACCCGCAGCACCUCACAGAUCAGUGGGCCUGAAGGGAAGAGUAAGAAGGAGAAGGGCGCUCCCAUUCAGAGGAGCACCGAGAUCGGCAUAGCCGUGGAACUGACCCGGAACAUGAGCCGCCAGCCCAGCAGGGAGUCCAACAACGGCAGCAUGAACAGCUGCAACUCGGAGGCAAAUUUGAUCUUCUCUGGCAUUAACAUGGGGGCCAGCAGCCAGUUCAGCGACUUCCUGGAUGGACUGGGACCGGCUCAGCUGGUGGGCCGACAAACACUAGCAACACCUGCCAUCGGUGACAUCCAGAUAGGAAUGAUGGAGAAGAAGGGCCAGCUGGAGGUGGAGGUCAUCAGAGCACGAGGGCUGGUACAAAAACCGGGAUCUAAAUCUCUCCCAGCUCCGUACGUGAAGGUCUAUCUUCUGAAUAAUGGAGCGUACGUUGCCAAGAAGAAAACCAAGAUUGCGCGGAAAACUCUGGACCCUCUGUACCAGCAGGCGCUGCUGUUUGACGAGAGUCCUCAGGGGAAAGUCCUGCAGGUAAUAGUCUGGGGGGACUACGGCCGCAUGGACCACAAAAGCUUCAUGGGAGUUGCACAAAUCUUACUGGAGGAGCUGGACCUCUCGAGCACAGUCAUUGGCUGGUACAAGCUGUUCCCACCGGCCUCGUUGGUGGAUCCAACGCUCGCCUCUCUGACCCGCAGAGCUUCUCAGUCGUCCCUCGACAGCUCGUCUGGACCCGCAGGAGUCCGAUCUUAGAUGAGCAGAAAUGUUGAGGAACAAUCAAAAAGAUUCGCAACGAGAAAGCUUUGUCGAAAUCUGACAAUCACUCCUGCCGCGGUUCUUUCUGUUUCAGUGUUUCACAUGCAUUGUUGUCAACAAAACAAAAAUGACAAAUGUUUGAGUGUCGCCGGGUGGUUUUUGAUCGAAUCAUCGCAGCACAAAAAUGUACGUACGCAUGGGAAUGUAAGGCCUCCACGCCUGCAGGGGGCGCAGUCCUGAUGCAGCGCUUGCCUGCCGCAUGGAUCUUCAGUCUGAAUGCACAGGGCCUUUUUCUGGUGCCUAGAACCUGGAGCCGUGUCCACCCGCCCCUCUGUUCAACAUGUUUACGAAGGCAGCGCUCAUCCCCUCGUGUUUGCUUCUCCUCCUUCGUUACCGCAGCCGCUAAAUGUCUUAUGACGAGGGAGACGGUCGCGAUGUUGUCAAUCCGCGCACAGGGAGAAAAAAAGGAGGAUAGAAAAAAAGUUCUGGGGAAGAAUCAAUGUUGAUGGUAGACCUUCACACCUAGCUUGUGCUCAUUUACCGGCCAAUGAGAAGGCCAACCAUCUUUGUACAGGUGUGCUUCAGACCUCUGAGGAGGUGGACCAAUACAAGUUUAUGUCGCACAUCGCCAACGGUAGAAAAGAUGCCCUUAUUUUUCACCGUUCCGAGGGAGUGCCUUCCCUCAACCCAGCACGUUUAGGGUUUUUAUCUGAACCUCGGUUAACCUUUUUUAUUACAAACACAAGCACAAUGGCUUGAUUUUCUUUUUUCUUUCUAUUUUUUUAGAAAGAAAAACGUUUCAGGAGAAAAAAAAUGAGGAUGAAGCAACAAUCCUGAGAAAAGUUCAGUACUUUGUCUUGAUGGAGGACUAAAAAUGACAAAAUAUAUACAUGUAGAAAAUAGAAAUAAACACCUUUUUACUAAAAAUAUAAUAUAGAAAUUAUACUAAAAAACUUUAGACAUUUAAUUUUAUAAAUGCAUUUCAUUACUUUAGCAUUCAAGCAUGUUGAUUUAACAGGGGAUGCUAACUGAAGUCUAAAUCUAGAGUUCACCGGGCAAAAGCUCUGGAUGACAAAGUGUUCUGUGUCCUUCUUCACUUUACAUUGAGAAAAGCUAGCUAAAUCUUAGCUAAAACCAUGGUUUCUAGCUAGCUAAAUAAGUCCAGAUUAUCUGUCAAUGAAGUAUAAUUGAGGAGAGAGUCCAUAGCAACCACAUCAUGUUUUAAAUGUAUGGAGCUAAUAGAUCUGUGUAAUCAUUUAUCUUUCCGUACAUUGGAGUAAAUGUUUCCCCGCUGCACCUUAGCAACCAGCGUUUACGCUAGCCACACCCACAGGGUAACAGGAGGAAGAGUGAAAUGCAGUCAGCUUGGGACAGGCUCUCAGCCGGGGGUUCGUGUCGACUGGAGGACUCACACGUGCGUUGUUGGGCCAUGUUAUGAUCGCUCAUCCGUCUUUGAGCAUUCGCCACAAGGCUGAAACUAGAGUUUCCGACAUUUCUUCACCAAUCGGACGGAUGUACGUUUGUGUGAGUUUGGCAAAAGUCAGAAAGCCAAUAAAUCCGUUUUGAUCUUGAUGUCAGACUUUGGAGCAAGGUGGUGCUCUUUAGAAAAGGUCAGAGGUCACGUGUAAAUCAGGUUUUUUUCAGGUUUCGAUUUUACGAUUUGAAAUAAAGUAACAUUUCGUUGACUCUAAAGAAAAUGUAUCAUUUUGAUAUUUGCAUAACCAAUUUUCUGAGCUCAGUCCAUAACCCAUACAUGUAGAAAUACAGAAAUAUUUUCAAUAUUUUUUCAAUUUAAAGAUAAAAACAACUCGUAACCUGUUGUGUAUUUCUGCAUUUUUACAGUUUGUUUUGUUUUUAAAAAAAAAAAGUCAUUUUCAGUCCUCCUUAGUUGGAAGCAAAAAAAAGAUUAGCUCAGUGUCAUCUGGAAUCUUAAGCUCCUCCUCCUUUGGACUUGCAGAGACCCCUCUUACCAAGAGAGGGGGCGGGGCCAGCAUGACUUUGGAACCUGUUCCAAGCUGCAUGCACAUUUUUUUGUAAACCAAAACGACGACCCCCCUGCCCCCCCCCCCCCCCC